CUAAAUCUUCCACCCUGGGAAGAUUGUAAACCAAUUGAUUUCUAUAGGCUCUUUAUUAAUAAGGAACAGAUCAAAAUGAUGAAGGCACAGACAAAUUUAUACGCUAGACAGAAGAUAGACAAGGUUAAAAAAUCUAAUGUUUGUGUUACAGCGAGGUCAAAGAUAAAUACAUGGAAGAGUGUUCAGAUCCACGAAGUGUAUAAUUUUCUAGCAAUAAUUGUACACAUGUCUGUUGUUCACAAACCCAGAAUCAGUGAUUACUGGGCAAAACGUCCAUUUUUACAGACAACAUUUCCAUCUCGGAUAAUGAAGCGGGAUAGGUUUCUUGAUAUUCUAGCUAAUUUUCAUCUUAAUGAUGAUUCUGCAGCAGUUCCGAAAGGGGAACCUGGUUAUGACCCUCUUCACAAAUUGAGACCUUUCAUAAACCAUUUGAACCAUUUAUUUCAGACUUCAUACAUCCCAGAGCAACAUAUCAUCAUUGACGAGGCCUUGUGUCCAUGGAGGGGUAAACUAAGCUUUAAGGUCUACAUGAAAGACAAGCCUGUCAAGUGGGGAAUAAAAUUGUACCAUCUCUGCGAAAGCAAGUCUGGGUAUGUCUGGUGGUUUGAAAUAUUGUGCGGUAUGCCUGGACUGAGCAAUAGGCCCUAUGAUGUUGUUCAGCGUCUUUUGGGGCCCCUGAAGUCGCUUGGCUACUGCCUGUACACGGACACGUACUACACCAGUCUUGCUCUUGCUGAGGACUUGGCCUCCAGCAACACAGGCUUCACCGGAACUGUUUUGAGCAACAUAAUAGGCCUGCCAAAAGAAUUCAUGAACACAAAGCUUGACACAGGGGGUGUUGAUUUUAGGCGCUGCAAAAACACUGUGGUGUUGCGGUGGAAAGACAAAACGGAUGUGGCAGUCCUGUCCACCAUUCACAGACCUCAGAUGGUUGCUGUGAAUACCCGUACCAGUGUAAAGAAGAGGCCCACAGCUAUUGUGGAUUACCACAAGAAUAUGGGCGGGGUGGACCUCAACGAUCAUAUGAUUUCCUACAACGCUUUCUACAGGAAGACCACAAAAUGGUGGAAGAAACUUGCCUUCCAUAUGCUGACUCUCACCAUGGUGCAAGCCCAUUGUCUUUACCUAAAGUUAUUUCAGACUACAUACAUCCCAGAGCAACAUAUCAUCAUUGACGAGGCCUUGUGUCCAUGGAGGGGGAAACUAAGCUUUAAGGUCUACAUGAAAGACAAGCCUGUCAAGUGGGGAAUAAAAAUUGUACCAUCUCUGCGAAAGCAAGUCUGGUAUGUCUGGCGGUUUGAAAUAUUGUGCGGUAUGCCUGGACUGAGCAAUAGGCCGUAUGAUGUUGUUCAGCGUCUUUUGGGGCCCCUGAAGUCCCUUGGCUACUGCCUUUACACAGACACAUACUACACCAGUCUUGCUCUUGCUGAGGACUUGGCCUCCAGCAACACAGGCUUCACCGGAACUGUUUUGAGCAACAGAAUAGGCCUGCCAAAAGAAUUCAUGAACACAAAGCUUGACACAGGGGGUGUUGAUUUUAGGCGCUGCAAAAACACUGUGGUGUUGCGAUGGAAAGACAAAACAGAUGUGGCAGUCCUGUCCACCAUUCACAGACCUCAGAUGGUUGCUGUGAAUACCUGUACCAGUGUAAAGAAGAGGCCCACAGCUAUUGUGGAUUACCACAAAAACAUGGGCGGGGUGGACCUUAACGAUCAUAUGAUUUCCUACAACGCUUUCUACAGGAAGACCACAAAAUGGUGGAAGAAACUUGCCUUCCAUAUGCUGACUCUCACCAUGGUGCAAGCCCACUGUCUGUACCUAAAGGUCAGAAAAAUUAUUGGUAAACCAGGUAUGUGUCUUGAAGAUUUUAUGAUUUCUGUUGGUGAAGAUUUGGUGACCAUGCCAAAAAGCGAUUUGGAACAACCAACAGGAGCUGCAGUACCUCAGGAUCCUCAACAACUACGCCUACAGGGGAAGCAUUUGUCACAUUUUCUUGUUCCUCUUAAAGUCAGAAGAUAUUGUUGUGUUUGUUACGCGAGGCUAAAGGCAGAAGGUACAGAUUCCAAAUAUCGGAGGAAAAGGACCCAACGCACUAAAUGGGAGUGCCAGCAGUGUAAGAAGGCCCUCUGUGUACAUCCCUGCAUGAAGGCCUAUCACACUAUGCAGGAUUACACUCGACCACUUCAGAACCUGGUAUAAAUAAGUUUUCAGUGUAUAAAUAGUUUCAGUAAUUUUAUAUGAAGUAACGUUUCAUCAAGUGUUGUUGAACUAUCAUCAAAACCCUAAAUGUGGUGUAGAAUGAAAAGUUUGACAAAGUAUAUUCAUAUCGUCUGAUCUUGAAAGUAAUAGCCAUAAAAAGAAAAAAAAUAUAAAAGUCAAAUCAUUUGUUUUUAUGGUCCUGAUCAUCACACACUCUUCUUUUGUUUAGUUUGUGCAAUUAUAAUCCUAAUCAUGGGAGUAUCCAUUUGAGAAUGAGCACAAUUCUACAGCCAUGGUUUUUAACAAUUUUGGAGACUGGUGCACCAGUGUGCAUUUCAGUCAACAAAAACAGUGUUGAUUUCUACUUGAUUUGGUAGCAUCAAAAUUGCUUCUUGGAGGUCUAAAUUGUCCUUGGAUAAUAAUUAUAACCUGCGUCAACCUGAAGAAAAAUCUUU